AUGGCUUCUAGGAGGGCGGGAGCGCAGACCUUUGGCUGGUCCGGCAGUACCAAGCCCAAGGACCCGCGGGAGGGCCCGGAAACCUCACGGGAAAAGGCCAAGUUGCACGCGGGGUCGGCCGCCUCUAGCAGAGACGAAGCGAAUCACCAACAUUCGAGGACCAUUCCGCAACCGACCCCGUCUAGCCGAUUACCGUCAGCACCAACUCAUCGCCGACCGUCCGGCAGCCAGUCAGAGCAGCCUCGUUUCGUUCAACAGCCCCGGUUGCGGAGUUCCAUUGGUAAUGCGAGUGGUUUGGUCUCCGGAGGGCCAGAUGGCAAGCCCUUGUCGGCACCGGCCCCGGUCACGAGCAGCAGGCUUCCGGCUCCCAGCUUGAAGCCUCGAAACACACUUAGGCGAAAACGCUCAGGGCUAUCGCAGGACACAAGCAGCACUCGUGUCGAUUCACGGAAUGGCUCGACCGGGACACACUCGUCCGACUCUUAUCCUCGUGCCCCGACCCCUCUGGACCCUCUUCAUCUGGAUCGGGAGUUAACCCAGAGCCCUCUGGAAGUUCGAGUCGCGCAGCAAAUCGAAAUUCCCAUGACAAAGGCCCAAGCAGUGACGAUAUACCCCGAGCUAGACAGGUACCGCGAUGUCCAGGUGCCUCAUCGACCCGAGAGCCCGAGUCUCAACUUCCCUCACCGAAUUGCAACGCACGAUCUCCCUCCGCCGACGCCCCUAUUCUCUGGUACCAGCAGCCAGGUCAGCGCUUUCAGGUUGGUGGCCCCGAUACGGAUACCCCUUCCCGGCUCCAGGAUUCGACAAGUCGACCAGGCCCUGACCCGGCCUCCACUCGCCCGAAGGAGAGGUGGGAGCACGUCCGAUGAAGUUGGCGCCGAUCCUCAAGGCCUCUCAGCUGUGAAGGAACUGUCCACUUCGUCGUCCUCCAACUCGACAGUCCGAGCCGGCGUCAACACGAAGGACAAGAGAAAAAUAAAGGGGUCUUCGCAGCGUCCGCCGAGCCCGCCACAAGUAGUAGCGCCGCCAGUGGUGAAACCUACCUCUUAUUCUCGGCCUCGACAUAUGCAACCCACCCGUCUUGCCGCCUCGCCCAAGCCAACGCCGCCGGUGCGGCCUAGCCGUGACGGCACGGCCGACUUGCAAGCCCAAUUCGGUCAUUCUAUCCCUGUCAUUCAGAGCAACCUGUCAUCUACGUCCUUGCCGGAAAGGCGGCAGAGCGGUCUUUUGGUUGCUGGCCCGGCCAGUCGGCUGGCCGGCCCAAUGGCUCCAACGGAACAGCCGAAGCCCCAGCGUUCCGCUACCGACAGUGUGGCGAGUUCAUCCAAACAAGAAUCCGUAAGGCUCAUUCGAACACCAAGCCCCAGCGUGUCGGGCUUCAAAACCCGGUUCCCCCUCUUUGGACGACGAACAAAGACGGUUCCCGAGCCCGGUCAGCAGGAGAAAAAAGACAGGCCGGCGAGAAAAGGACCAGCAGCCGGGACAGGCCACGAAGGUUACGGAAAACUGGGCUCAGUGCGUCGUCGAAGCAACAGCAUCAACAACCCGACACGUGUGAUCCCGGGGACCAUGUCUUCGCAGGAGAGCUUCGGCAACCUGUCUCACGAUCCGUUCUUGAUGGAAAGGAUGGCCCCGGUCAUCAUUGCUGGUGGCGAAGUCAUCGAAAACAAGAACGCCAGUUCGGAGCUCACGCGCACCGAGAGCAACCAGAGCUCUACUUUGAGGCGACCCAGCAUUGAGUCUCGCAACAGCUCCCAAAUCUCGCUAUCGUCUCGCGAAGUGCCUCGAAAGUCUCUUUGGCCGUCACCGUUCCCACGAGGAGCGACGCAAACCCUAUCACUGUCCAGCCGUCGACCGUCCGAGAGCAGUGAUUCGGAGGCCCUUACCAUGAAGCCUACCUUGGCCCUCAGAAGGUCCAUGCAACGACUGAAGUCUGGCGAGCAGGAGCCCCCAAGGUUGCCGAAGCCGAUCGUCACACGUCCCCAGGUUAUGUCACCUUCGACGACCAGCCUAGACGCCAGCAUCCUGUCAGACGACUCCGUCUUGAUUCCUUUGGCGGAACAGGCUGUCGCUAUUCAAAAGUCGGCCCCAGCAGCGACCGUUUCUGGGCCAAGGAAGCUUAUAAGGCGAGCCCGGUCGCCAAGGAAGUGGAACUUCUUCGGUCGUUCCCAGAGUCAGACCCCGGUCGAGAAGAAGAACGAGACGACCACAACGGUUGCAGCCACGGUCCAACCUGCGCAAAAGAAACCAGUAGCGUUCUACACGUUGAUGGAUUCAUCUGAGCAGGAGGAUGUUGACCCGGUGGAUUUGGAGGAGGUCCUUCGUGAAGCCAGGGGUAUCGCCGUAACGACCCCUGAGGUCCCUCUGGUUGAGGAAGGGGACUACAGGAGACCAUCGGUGACGGAACAGGCGGCCAAGUCUCUGGAAAACGAAUAUGGGGCGCCACAAAACCCGAAUUGUGAUACGACGAUCCCGAUCCGCCUGCCUGCCACGUCGGGCUUGGAGACCAAGACUGAGCCAGUCCCUGCCCAGCGAGCCGGGUCUCUACCCCUGACUCGCCCGAGCCGACUGCCGCAGGUUGGCCGCAUUCCCAAGGUUGUUAGCGCCAGAGCCGAGCAGAUCUCGCCAAAGAGCUUCUCCAGGCCAUUCCAUCGGCUUAGCGUACAGAUGCCGCCGGCGAGGCCUGAUCUCAAGGACGAGGAUUCCGUAGCAAAGGGCCCCAGCCCUCCACAACCGUCCACACCAGAACCGAUUGACGAGGACUCGGCGGUAGUAAAUGAUUCUAACUUGUCGGCACUGAUCUAUGGUGUGCCAAGGUUGUUACCGCCGACAUCCAACCAGCCCGGACAGGAAUUCCUUUCGUUCUCUCCCCGCAAGGACUCCCAAUGCACGACAACAUCCUCCAGCAGCUCUGGGGGUCUUCUGAGUUUUGUUGACGCAACUGCCAUCGUGCCGUCACCGAGUGCUCCGCUUUCGGAAGACGAGAUAUGGGACGAAUACAACGACCUGCUUGGGGACGACACCAUUAGGCUGUCCACGUCACGAGGACCAUCCUGGCCGAAGCCGCUGCGGCUCGAGGCGCACCCAAAUGCGAAGUGGAUCGAACCGGCAUUGGAAUCGCCAACGAUUAGUCCUCCUCCGCUGCAGAGCCUGGUUCAAGCUCUGCGGUCAGGCAUGGAACAUCAGUCGCUGAGCGUCCGCGGCUCGGACAUUGCCCUGGAAGUCAGGCGAAUGCUUGAUUGCGAUCCAACACCGGAGAACUCGGUACUCAUGGUCGAACGUCCAUGCAGUCAGGCGAAGCAAGCCGAAGAGCCGGUAUCUGCGCAGCGAAACAGCUCUUCGUCUGCACUCCAGGUCCGCCAAUCCAACGCCAGCGGCAGCACCCAAUGCUCAGAAGACAGCUCGCCUGUGUCCCAGGUCAACCUCCGAGUGGGCUCCAUGACGGUCAGCAAGUGGCUUACCUUUGGUCAUGUUCUCUUCAGCCCCGUCCGGGAUGAAUUGGUCUCGGAUGUUGGGUCGCUCAAGAGGCCAUCAAUUCUGGUUAUCGAUGGCUUGGGCAACGAUGACUGGUCCUUUUACGCCGCCGAGACGUACCCGGCCGCUGCAUUUUUCAAUCUCUCACCGCGCGCUCCUUUUCCUGCAGAACACCAAAACGAGUCGUCCUUCCCGCUCCGGCCUCCCAAUCAUCACCAGGUCCAGUACGUCUCCCACACAGCGAAGUUCCCCUUCGGCGCGCAAAGCUUUACGGCUGUCGUGUUCCGCUUCCCAGCCGCGGCCCCAGAGGGGCACUACCGCACCAUUAUUUCUGAGGCGCGACGAGUGCUCAAACCGGGAGGUUACCUCGAACUGUCAAUCCUCGACGUGGACCUGAACAACAUGGGCAAUCGCUGUCGCCGUGCUGUGCGGCGUGUCAAGGAACGCAUUCACGCCCACGCGCCGGAUACUAGCCUCGCACCGGCGUCGGAUCUCAUUCUUCGUCUGAUCGGCAGAAGGGGCUUCACCGACAUCAAGACAUGCCGCGUCGGUGUACCGGUGGCUAGUACUAUCGCUCGAUCGUCUGGGAGCAGCGAGGCAAGCAACGGCGGCGGGAAUAGAAGCUCAACUGGUGCCGCUCGGGAGAGAUUCAAACUCAAGAAGGACGAGCGCAGCCUGCCGGAGAUGAUCAACGACGAAGGGCCGGUUGCGGACGAGAGUAUCGCGCAGUCAGUGGCCAAGGUCGGACGGUGGUGGUACAGCCGCUGCUACGAGAGCGCCGCGGCGCCGGGGACUGGUUUGUCUUCAAGAACCAGUAUCUGGCGGGACAAGGCGCUGCUUGCGGAAUGUGAGGAAUGGGGGACGAGUCUGAAGUUGAUGGUUUGCCAUGCGCGGAUCCCGGAUGGGAGGGCGAGGGUUGCGAGUAUCUGA